AUGUUUUAUCUAGAGCUUAAAUUUGAACUCUGCCUCUCCCUCAACCCCAUCUACACAACGCUGCCUCUCCUUCACCCCCAUCUCCACAACUCUGCCUCUCCCUCACCCCCAUCUACACAAUGGUGCCUCUCCCUCACCCCCAUCUACACAACGCUGCCUCUCCCUCACCCCCAUCUACACAACUCUGUCUCUCCCUCACCCCCAUCUACACAACUCUGCCUCUCCCUCACCCCGAUCUCCACAACUCUGCUUUUCCCUCACCCCAAUCUCCACAACUCUGCUUCUCCCUCAGCCCCAUCUCCACAACUCUGCCUCUCCCUCACCCCCAUCUCCACAACUCUGCCUCUCCCUCACCCCCAUCUACACAACUCUGCCUCUCCCUCACCCCCAUCUACACAACGCUGCCACUCCCUUACCUCCAUCUCCACAACUCUGCCUCACCCUCACCCCCAUCUCCACAACUCUGCCUCUCCCUCACCCCGAUCUCCACAACUUUGCUUUUCCCUCACCCCGAUCUCCACAACUCUGCCUCUCCCUCACCCCCAUCUACACAACGCUGCCUCUCCCUCACCCCCAUCUACACAACUCUGCCUCUCCCUCACCCCCAUCUACACAACUCUGCCUCUCCCUCACCCCGAUCUCCACAACUCUGCUUUUCCCUCACCCCGAUCUCCACAACUCUGCUUUUCCCUCACCCCGAUCUCCACAACUCUGCUUCUCCCUCAGCCCCAUCUCCACAACUCUGCCUCUCCCUCACCCCCAUCUUCACAACCCUGCCACUCCCUCACCUCCAUCUCCACAACUCUGCCUCUCCCUCACCCCCAUCUCCACAACUCUGCCUCUCCCUCACCCCCAUCUUCACAACGCUGCCACUCCCUCACCUCCAUCUCCACAACUCUGCCUCACCCUCACCCCCAUCUCCACAACUCUGCCUCUCCCUAA